UACAGAUUGAACCCGGAAGUGACGAGUUUCUGGCUCAGCAGCACAAAAAUGUCAGGAUCUGGCCAAAGAGCAUUUGCCCAGAAGUUAAACAAACAGGGCAAUGCUGCUGAGGUUAGAAAGCAGAUAUCAUCCACCAUAUUCAAUGAACUUCCUAGAAGUGUUAGUGGGGUGAACCUGACAGAGUUAUCAGCCAAUGUUGAUGUGGCAGAACCACCAGAUUUUGAGGAGUUUGUUGUACAGAACCAGUCAUUAGUUGACCGGGACCCGUAUCGGGACAGAUUACUAUAUCCAGAUGAUGAUGAUAUAGAAGUACUCUCAUUACCGAAAAGAUGCCGUACUGUGACACAUAUUGUUCCAGAAAUAGGAGGAGAAGUAGAUCCACAUGUAUUUGAUUGUGUUAGAAGAUACACUGCUGACUAUACCAUAGUGAGUCGAAGAUAUCAGCAGUACACAAGCAACAGAAAUGGUGUAGACAGAGAAUGUCUGGUACAACAAGAAUAUGAAGUUGAUAUUGAUGAUGUGUGUGACCAGGAUAAGGACACGGCAAACAAGAGACAGUCUAUUCACAUGAGUGAAACACCCCGAGGUAGUUGGGCUAGCAGUAUAUUUGAUUUGAAACAGUCACAAGCAGAUGCUCAGUUACCUAACCUGUUCGAUCGUGUCUCACAGGAGGAGGUGGACCGUAACAAUGAAAUCCAACGCCAACAACACAGACAAGAUACAGUCUUUACUCUCUACCCACCACAAGAUGAGGAGGAACAGAUUGAGAAGAGAGCAUUUGUUAUGGCCCCUACAGAACACUUUGGGCACAGAAUUCUUGUGAAAUGUCUUCAACUAAAACUAGAACUUGAAGUAGAGCCAAUCUUUGCCACAAUGGCAGUUUAUGAUGCUAAAGAAAGGAAGAAAAUAUCUGAGAAUUUCUACUUUGAUCUGAACAGUGACGUUUGUAAACAGAUGAUCAGGUACCAUGUCCCCCAUCAGGACCUGUCUACAACAAGUAAAGCUGGAAUUUUUAGUAUAACAUAUCCUUCACCUGAUGUCUUCCUUGUCAUACGGCUGGAGAAGGUACUACAGCAGGGAGAUAUAUCUGAGUGUGCUGAUCCUUACAUAAAGGAGGAAAAGAGCAAGGAAGACAAGUACCGUGCCAAUGCUGCACAGUUCUGUGAUCGACUUGGGAAGUAUCGUAUGCCAUUUGCUUGGACCGCUAUCUACCUUAUGAAUAUAGUUAAUGGAGCGCACAGUUAUGAAAGAGAAACUUCAGUUGACUCCAUUAGAUCUGAGUCAGAAAUGACGCGAGCUGCAAGUCUUGACAGGAGAAGUGGAAUGCAGCCUGGUCAGUAUGACAGCUUCAGAAAGAGACCCAAAGAUGACAUACUUGCUGGUCGGAGCUACAGCACUGAACGUGGCAGGUCUGGAUACGAGAAACGCCGUAGCUGGUCUCCGGAUGACUAUGGCGGAAAUCUUGGUAACUUCAGACCUGUCACAUUGACUGUAUCAAGCUUUUUCAAGCAGGAAGGGGACAAGCUGAGUGAUGAAGACUUGUACAAAUAUCUCAUUGACAUCAAGCGGCCAUCAAAUGUCUUGAAGAGAGUGAAAUGUAUACCAGGAACUUUGAAGCUUGAUAUCUCACCAUGUCCGGAUGAGCCUAAGCAAGUACUUACAGCCGAUCUAUGGAAGGUAGAGCCAUACCCUGAAGACAAGAAUAAACCAGUCAAGGAAAUCCUGGAAUUCCCCACACAUGAGGUCUUCUCUAUGGCUACUACCUACAGGAAUUUGCUGUAUGUGUAUCCUAGGAUGUUGAACUUUGCAAACAGACAAGGCUCUGCUAGGAAUAUUGCUGUAAAGAUACAGUUGAUGUGUGGAGAGGAAGAUGGUGGCGCUCUUCAAGCAAUAUUUGGAAAGUCCAAUUGUCCUGAACUUUCUAGAGAGGCAUACACUUCUGUCACAUACCAUAACAAAUCUCCAGAUUUCUAUGAAGAAGUGAAACUACGUCUCCCAGCUCACCUAACAGAUGCCCAUCACUUACUGUUCACUUUCUACCAUAUCAGCUGUCAGACAAAGAAAGGGGAACCGUUAUCAGCUGUUGAAACUCCUGUUGGAUACACAUGGUUACCAUUAAUGAGGGAGGGACGACUCCACGUUGGGGACUUCAUGUUACCUGUGUCUGUUGAGAAACUACCAGCCAGUUACUCCAUCUUGUUCCCAGACCAAGUCCCGUCAAAAAUUCAUACUUUACCAGGUAUGAAAUGGGUAGAUAACCAUAAAGGUGUGUUCAGUGUACAAAUACAGUCUGUCUCUACAAUACAUACACAGGAUGACAAGAUAGACAGGUUCCUGUCUUUGUGUAGACUGGCACAAGAGCAGAAGCUUCCACCACGUAAAAGUGAGGCUCAGUUUGAGAAUGAAUUGAAGCACAGUCUGUCUGACCUGAUCAGAGCAAGGGGAGAGAACUUGGUUCAAUUUCUGUCUCUGAUUCUUGAUAAAUUGAUCCUGCUAAUGAUAAGACCACCAACACUGAGUGGACAAGUUGUGAACACGGGACAACCAGCAUUUGAUGCAAUGGCUCAGAUCGUACAGAGAGUGAGAGAUAUGCUUGAAGAUAAAAAUGACAGCAAUGGAAGAAACUCCGUUCUAGCUGCUUAUAUACAGUACUGCUGUACAUUACCCCACCCUGGUCCCAUGCCUGGCCAGAUGGAUAUGAGUAGUGGUUAUGCCACAUUGGGUCGACCUUCAUCUUUGCCUUUAAACAAACAAGCAUACCAGCGUAGCACCAGCAACCCCGACCUAACCACACCCACUACACCAGAAGCCGAGAUGGCUGGAUUCUUCAGCAACAGAGCAGGUAGUAUGAGGACAGAGGAAUUUUCUUAUGCCUUUGGUAAAUCCAGAAGGAAGCUUGUUCAUGAGGAGUUUGCCUUGCAGUGGGUAGUACUGAGUGGCUCUACCAGGGAGACUGCACUAGCCAACUCGUGGUUCUUCUUUGAAAUCAUGAUCAAGAGUAUGGCGGAACAUUUGUCCAAAACUGACAGCCUGUGUGCACCUAGACAGAUGAGGUUCCCACCACAGUUUAUAGAUGACGUCCAGUCACUGGUAUAUGUACUUAUAAAGGACAUAGUGGAAAGAUAUGUCAGGGACCCACCAAUGAUACGAAGUUUGAACACCAGUCUGGCUUUCUUCCUACAAGAUUUGCUGUCAUAUAUGGAUAGAGGAUUUGUGUUUCAACUCAUCAAACAAUACACAUAUGAGGUGAACCUGAAGAUUAAGUCACUGACAGACGCCACAAGUUUACGCCUUCUUCACUUGGACUUCCUGCGUAUCAUCUGUGCCCACGAACACUACUUCACGAUAAACCUGCCAUUUGGAACCCCUCUGACACCAUCCACCAACAGCAGCAGUCCGACACCAAGUAUUGCGAGUAUCACAUCCCAGGAUUCCCAGUCAUCGUACACAUCAACUAGUACCAUAACCAACAAGGGAGUUUUCUAUGAUUUAACACCAGAGUUUCAGUCUCAGCAUUAUCUUGUAGGACUGGUAUUGAAGGAUCUCUCACUAGCAUUGGACACAAAUAACCCAACCUUACACCACAAGGCGAUCAAUGUUGUUGGCAAUUUGCUACAGAACCAUGACCUUGAUGUUAGGUACACUGACCUUGAGAUGAAAGCGAGGCUGGCUGCACUCUACUUGCCACUUGUUGGAAUUACCAUAAAAGCCUUGCCCCAGCUAUAUGACCCCAACACUGAGGGUCGAUACAGAACAGAUGAAGAAAUGGAUACUAUCAACCAGCGUGUGGCAUUAGCUAUAGCGGGACAGAACUUGUUUGGAAGAUUUAGUGACCAGCCGCAGAGCCAUGGCGACAUCAGUGCUAAAAUAAGGAAGUGCCAGUUGAAUGCGGAAGAUUCCAGGAAUUUGCUGAUAUGUUUCAUAUGGGUGUUGAAGAACGUUGACAAAUCUGUUCUACGGCAGUGGUGGACGGACAUGCCAAUCAACAGACUGAACUGUAUCCUGGAAAUCAUCUAUUACGCCAUCUCAAACUUUGAAUACAGGGCAAAAUGGUCCAAAAUCUCAAUGGCGAUAAUUCCCGCGCAUCUUAGCGACUCUCAGGAGACCCUGGAGGAUUGGAAAGAAAGCCCCACUAGUACACUUUCCCGCUUAAAAAGCGCCAGUUUACCAAAAUCUCUGUCUAAAAGUGACUUGUGGGAAGGAAUUCAACGGAAAUCGCAAGAUUUUCUCAAAGGAACAGGAAUGCUCACUCGCAGCAACAGUAAAGAUGAUUCACCCAAUCAGGGUAAAAAGAGCAUGGCACAGUUUUCUCAGCAGACAAUGAAGAAAAGUGUUGACAUGAAGUCCCGCCUUGAAGAAGCAAUACUGGGCGGAGCUAAUGCCAGGGCAGAAAUGAUGAGGCGGAGACAAAGUGCCAACAUGUCAGGUGACAGAACACCACCAGCAGUAGGUCAGAGUCCACUAGCUUUGAUGGAAGGCAGUAAUAAACUGAGGUGGAGGAAGGAACAAGUUCAGUGGAGACAUUCUCAUGAACCUUUUGACAGUCCAAAGCCAAGAGAUGUGGAAGCAGAUGCACACAUAGAAGGUAACCUAGCAGCGGAGGUGAGCAUGGUUGCCUUGGAUACAUUAGAGCUAAUAAUACAGAUUGCCCAGGCUUCAGAAAUGAUGCAGCCAUUAUUAAGCAGUGCAUUGCGAGUACUUCUCCAUGGCCUAGGACUCAACCAGAGUACAUUCGUACUGCAGCACAUGUUUAGUUCGCAAAGAUCACUGGUUACAAAGUUUUUGGACCUCCUGUUUGAAGAGGAGACUGAGCAGUGUGCAGAUUUAUGUUUACGUCUGCUGCGCCACUGUAGUUCCUGUAUUGGUAACACAAGGGCACAGGCCAGCGCUUCACUCUAUAUGCUAAUGAGACAGAACUUUGAACUUGGAAAUAACUUUUCUCGAGUUAAGAUGCAAGUUACGAUGUCACUUAGCUCCCUGGUUGGUCAAAAUCAGGAUUUCAAUGAAGAAUACCUACGUAAGUCAUUGAAGACUAUACUGACGUAUGCUGAAGCAGAUACAGAACUACAGGAGACCACAUUUCCUGAACAGGUGAAGGAUUUGGUGUUUAACCUGCACAUGAUUCUGUCAGACACAGUCAAGAUGAAAGAAUUCCAGGAAGAUCCAGAAAUGUUGCUGGACCUGAUGUACCGAAUUGCCAAGGGUUACCAGACGUCACCUGACCUCAGACUGACAUGGUUACAAAAUAUGGCUACCAAACAUAGUGAGAGAGGUAACCAUGCAGAAGCAGCCCACUGUUUGGUCCACGCCGCAGGUCUUAUAUCAGAAUAUCUGAACAUGCUUGAAGACAAGACGUACCUUCCUGUUGGAUGUGUGGAAUUCCAGAGGAUCACACCUAACGUGUUGGAAGAGAGUGCAGUAUCAGAUGAUAUAGUGUCCCCUGAUGAGGAAGGGAUCUGUACGGGAAUGUAUUUCACAGAGAAUGGUCUGGUGGGUUUACUGGAACAGGCUGCUAGCUGCUUUACAAUGGCUGGCAUGUAUGAAGCAUUGAGCAAGGUGUAUAGAGUUCUGAUACCUAUACAUGAACAUAACAGAGAUUUCAAAAAAUUGGCACAUCUGCAUGGUAAACUACAGGAGUCGUUCAACCAAAUCAUUAAACAGGAGGGUAAACGUAUGUUUGGUACAUAUUUCCGUGUUGGUUUCUACGGGCACAAGUUUGGUGACCUGGAUGGGGAGGAGUUUGUGUACAAGGAACCAGCAAUUACAAAACUGCCAGAAAUCUCACACAGGCUGGAGAGUUUCUAUGGUGAUAGAUUUGGACAUGAUGUGGUGUCUAUGAUCAAAGACUCCAAUACUGUGGAGAGAGAAAAACUAGACCCAAAUAAGGCAUUUAUACAAAUCACAUACGUGGAGCCUUACUUUGAUUCAUAUGAACUGAGGGACAGAGUGACUUACUACGAGAAAAAUAUAAAUAUAAAGAGAUUUAUGUAUGCCACACCAUUCACAAUUGAUGGUCGGGCCCAUGGUGAGCUCCAGGAUCAAUACAAGAGGAAAACCAUCCUUACAACUAACCAUUUCUUCCCCUAUGUGAAAACACGUCUCUCUGUCAUUAACAGAGAACAGGUAAUUCUGUCACCAAUAGAAGUAGCCAUUGAAGAUAUUAUGAAGAAAACAAAAGAGUUAGCUAUAGCACUGAGACAGGAUCCUCCAGACACUAAAAUGUUACAAAUGGUGAUGCAGGGAUGUCUUGGCACCACAGUUAACCAGGGUCCAGUCGAGGUAGCCAAUGUGUUCUUAAAGGAAGUUGCCGAGGGGAAACAAGUGGGCAUGAAACACCACAACAAACUGAGGCUCUGCUUCAAGGACUUCCUGAAAAAAUGUUGUGAUGCCCUUCAUAGGAACAAGUCCCUGAUCACACAUGAGCAGAAGGAGUACCAGAGAGAGCUAGAAAGAAACUAUCACGCUAUAAAAGCCAAACUACACCCGUGGAUAUCGUCUAAUGCUGCUACACUAAAACGUACAAAACAUCACAGAAGGGAAGGAAAAGAAUCCAGAAGACAUCAGCAAGUAGCAAGUACAACACAAAGUUCUUCACAAGUUUAACUUGUCACAACAAGAUACAUAUAUUGGCAACAAGUCACAUAUAUUGGCAGCAAGUCAUAUAAAAAAAACUUCAGAAAAAAGUUUCAUAUUGGCUACGAGUCACAAAUAUUGGCAAUAAGGCACAAACAUUAGCAACAGGACAUACAUAUUAGUAACGAGUCACAUGUGUUUGUAACAAAUGAUAUAUAUAAGCAGCAAGACAAAAACAUUGGCAAAAAGACAUUGGCCACAAGAUUAAACCAAGUCACAAUGGUGUACAUGAUGUGUUCUACAACACUCAAACAAGUCUCUGAGCACAUGCCAACUCACAAAUUUAUUUACAGUACUAACUUGCCUCAUUUUAUAUGACUGAAGUUAUAUCUAGUUAGUUAAAAAUGUUGAAACUUGUGUAUGCCUGUUUAUGUUGGUAAUGUUUUGGUAUGUUUUAAUAUACCGGUAGAGUAUAUAAUGAGUUAAGCAUACAUCAUGUAUAUGCCAAAGGCUUUUGUUAGAAGGUCCAGUUCGUUUUUUUUUAAUGUUAAGUGUGUUAGCAUGACAUAUAUUUGAUAAUGUUUGUGAUAUUUUUGUACAAUCAUUAAGCUUUUCAAUAUUAUUUUGUUAUUACGAAGGCAUUUUUUGAAGGACCAGCUUGUAUGGAUUGACCUUAAACAAGUGAAAUUUUAACAUGAACUGCCUGAUGUAUAUUUGUAAACCAUAUAUUUUAGUAAUUUCCUUAACUGAUAAACAUGUCUGCCUUAUUAGUGUAGUAAAGCAAAGUGAUACUAUGAUGUUUCAGCUUAUUUUUGCAAAUAUUAUAUCUGCCAUCACAUCAGAUGUGAACUUAUUUGUAUUUAUGGAUGCCAUUUUAAGGCCUACUUUGAUUAUCUAACCAUCAGCUGUGGUUACUCUGUGGGAAUCUGGCAAUCCUGUGUGUGAUAGAAAUGACUAGUUCCUGUUCUAAUUUUCACAGAGCUUAAGAUUUGGAACAAGCAAACUCUGGUCAUACAGAACCUUUGGGGGCAGGGUUGGCCCAACGUACAUCAAAAAGUCACAGCACACACUUCUGUUGCUACAACUGCCAAUCAGCUUAACAGUACUUACUUCUACUGAAGUAGGCCUUAAUGUGUAGCUGUUUGAUUUGAGAAGUUAAAGGAAUUUCAUACAUCUUUGUGGUAUGUCCAGACAAUUGAAAAUAUGCAUGUUUUAUGGUUUGAAGAUGUAUUUGAAGUAGAGAUCUGAAGUAUUAAUGUGUUCAGACAUUUAUUAUCACCCAUUCUCCUCUUCUACUGUAUAACAGUAAAUUAGAUUUUUGUCAUAUCGCUUUUUUCCUUUUCAUCAUUUUGUAAUUACACAAGCCUUAGGUUCUUUUUGUGUUCUCCUUUUAAAGAAUAAAUGGGUAUAUUGUUUAUUUGUUUGGUCUAUUCUUUAAUAAUUCUAUUGUUGUCACAGAUAAUUGCAAUUUAUGACUGACUUGUACAAUAAACUUUCAAAUGAUAUAAUGCUUUGUGAGUAAUGGAAAAUGUUACAUGCUGAAUAAUGAAAUGAACGAAAAGCAUGGAAGUUCACAUGUUUUAGAGAGAAAAAAUGUUGUUUCUAGACCUGCAUGUUUUUGUUGGCUACACAUACCUAUAUAAUGGAUUUUGCUUAGGUUCAUGCAGUGAGAUAUUUUUUUUGUACCUUAAAAAGAGCAAAAAGUACUGCUUAAUAUUACUGCUUCGUUAUUUAAUUACCAGGCAAUAUGUACAAAAACGUAACUCAGUUUUCAAAAUUGAACAUUUUCAAGUAGUGUAUUUUGUUGUUUUCACAAGAAUAAUUCUCAACAGAAAAUUGAUUUACAUAAGGAUUUGUCUAAGGUAUACAUUCAUCAAACAACUUGCAGGUUCAUAGUCUGAACUGGGACUUAGGGUUAAUAGUUUUUGACUAUUGACCAGCAAGCCAUUCCAGUAAUAUUUCAUAACAUGUCAUCAUAAAUACCUUUUCACAGAUUUCAAUUUUUCUUUCUUAGCCCAGCAAAAUUUAGUGUUGAUCUAUAGACCAGUCAAUAGCACAGACUAUAGACUGGUGAUUUGUAUAAGGGGUCAUAUAAUAAUAGGCAUGUUAAAUUUUAUGAUUGAAUUAUGCUGUUUGUUUAUAUGUAAUCUUUAAGUGCAAUAUUCUAGUCAUGUUUUAAUCUACUUUUUUAUUUGCCAUUUUUGUCACAUUAAUGCUGUAGAAUAGAAUAAAAUUUAAAAGUC